GCGGGGAGGGUGUUGGCGAGCGCCCGCGCGCUGUGUAUGGUCUAGCGCAGGCAGCUGACCUUUGAGGAGGAAAUCGCAGCUCCCGGCUCCUUCCUGUAGUAACAGCCGCCGCCGGAGCGCGGGCCGCAGGGGCAGCCGCUGGGCGCACUGCCCGCCCCGCAGACGGCUCGGCCCCAGCAGGUGCGCGGACAUGGCGGGCUGGAUCCAGGCCCAGCAGCUGACCGGGGAUGCGCUGCGCCAGAUGCAGGCGCUCUACGGCCAGCACUUCCCUAUCGAGGUGCGACACUACUUGGCACAGUGGAUCGAGAGCCAGCCCUGGGAUGCCAUCGACGUGGACAAUCCCCAGGACCAAGCCCAGGCCACCCAGCUCCUGGAAGGCCUGGUGCAAGAGUUGCAGAAGAAGGCGGAGCAUCAGGUGGGGGAAGAUGGAUUCCUGCUGAAGAUCAAGCUGGGCCACUAUGCCACGCAGAUGCAGAACACGUAUGAUCGUUGCCCCAUGGAGCUGGUGCGCUGCAUCCGCCAUAUCCUCUACAAUGAGCAGAGGCUGGUCCGAGAAGCCAACAAUGGCACCUCGCCAGCCAGUAGCCUCGCCGACGCCAUGUCCCAGAAACACCUGCAGAUCAACCAGACGUUCGAGGAGCUGCGACUGGUGACGCAGGACACAGAGAAUGAGCUGAAGAAGCUGCAGCAGACGCAGGAGUAUUUCAUCAUCCAGUACCAGGAGAGCCUGAGGGUCCAGGCUCAGAGAGCCCAGCCGGGGCCGCUGAACCCGCAGGAGCGCCUGAGCCGGGACACGGCGCUGCAGCAGAAGCAGGUGUCCCUGGAGGCCUGGCUGCAGCGCGAGGCGCAGACGCUGCAGCAGUACCGCGUGGAGCUGGCCGAGAAGCACCAGAAGACGCUGCAGCUGCUGCGCAAGCAACAGACCAUCAUCCUGGACGAUGAGUUGAUCCAGUGGAAACGGAGGCAGCAGCUGGCAGGGAACGGGGGCCCCCCCGAGGGCAGCCUGGACGUGCUGCAGUCCUGGUGUGAGAAGCUGGCGGAGAUCAUCUGGCAGAACCGGCAGCAGAUCCGCAGGGCCGAGCACCUGUGCCAACAGCUGCCCAUCGCGGGGCCGGUGGAGGACAUGCUGGCGGAGGUCAAUGCCACCAUCACGGACAUCAUCUCGGCCCUGGUCACCAGCACCUUCAUCAUCGAGAAGCAGCCCCCGCAGGUGCUGAAGACCCAGACCAAGUUUGCAGCUACCGUGCGGCUGCUUGUUGGGGGGAAGCUGAACGUGCACAUGAACCCGCCCCAGGUCAAGGCCACCAUCAUCAGCGAGCAGCAGGCCAAGGCGCUGCUCAAGAACGAGAACACCCGCAACGAGUGCAGCGGGGAGAUCUUGAACAACUGCUGCGUGAUGGAGUACCACCAGGCCACCGGCACCCUCAGCGCCCACUUCCGCAACAUGUCACUCAAGAGGAUCAAGCGUGCCGACCGGCGGGGCGCAGAGUCAGUGACGGAGGAGAAGUUCACGGUCCUGUUCGAGUCUCAGUUCAGCGUGGGCAGCAACGAGCUGGUCUUCCAGGUGAAGACACUGUCCCUCCCUGUGGUGGUCAUUGUCCACGGCAGCCAGGACCACAACGCCACUGCCACUGUGCUGUGGGACAACGCGUUUGCCGAGCCCGGCAGGGUGCCCUUCGCCGUGCCCGACAAGGUGCUGUGGCCGCAGCUCUGCGAGGCGCUCAACAUGAAGUUCAAGGCCGAGGUACAGAGCAACCGGGGCCUGACCAGCGAGAACCUGGUGUUCCUGGCGCAGAAACUCUUCAACAGCAGCAGCGGCCACCUGGAGGACUACAGCGGCAUGUCCGUGUCCUGGUCCCAGUUCAACAGGGAAAACCUGCCGGGCUGGAACUACACCUUCUGGCAGUGGUUCGACGGGGUCAUGGAGGUGCUAAAGAAGCACCACAAGCCCCAUUGGAACGACGGGGCCAUCCUCGGCUUCGUGAACAAGCAGCAGGCCCACGACCUGCUCAUCAACAAGCCUGAUGGCACCUUCCUGCUGCGCUUCAGCGACUCGGAGAUCGGCGGCAUCACCAUCGCCUGGAAGUUCGACUCCCCUGACCGCAACCUGUGGAACCUGAAGCCAUUUACCACGCGGGACUUCUCCAUUCGUUCCCUGGCAGACCGGCUGGGGGACCUGAACUAUCUCAUCUACGUGUUUCCCGACCGGCCCAAGGAUGAGGUUUUCUCCAAGUACUACACACCAGAGCUUGGUGCCAAAGCCGUGGACGGAUAUGUGAAGCCGCAGAUCAAGCAGGUGGUCCCUGAGUUCGUGAGCGUGUCUGGAGACUCUGCGGCGGGCAGCGCCACCUACAUGGACCAGGCCCCCUCCCCCGUCGUGUGCCCCCAGACCCACUAUAACAUGUACCCGCAGAAUGCUGACCCCGUCCUGGACCAGGAAGGAGACUUCGACCUGGACGAGACCAUGGACGUGGCGCGGCAUGUGGAGGAGCUUCUACGGCGCCCCGUGGACGGGCUGCACCCGCGCCUCUCCCCGCCCGCCGGCCUCUUCAGCAAUGCCAGGGGCUCACUCUCCUGAGCGUCCCCGUCCCUCCCUCCCCAGAGACAGUGCUCAAUGUGACGGGACACUGUGCUGUGACUGGAGUGUUGCUGUGAGUCGCAAUACCUUCUGCGGUAGCGUGAAUGCGCGCGUGCGUGUGUGUGCGGGUGCCGGGGCGGGGGGGACCUUGCACAGUCCCCAGGAGGGGAGGCAGCAGCCCCCUGGGCGGUAGAGAUGGAGCUGAGCCAGGGCCUUCCAUGACUGUCUGCUCAGCAGCUGUUUGUUUGCGUGAAAUUCUGUUUGCUUAUUCUGGGGGCCGUUCCCUGCAGGUACUUGGAGGAACCAUGACAUGUGCAGGGGGUGACUUUGAAUUUGAGGUUCCCUUCGAGUGGCCUCCCCAGCUCCGAGUGCCCGGCUAGUGACAUUUCUUGAGGAAGCGGGCUGGGCCCUGUGACAUGGCCGCAGUUUCUAGAAGCUUUGCCUCUCAAGGUGUGUGUGUGUGUGUGUGUGUGUGUGUGUGUGUGUGUGUGUCCCGGCUAGGCACAUCUUGAUCUGUUGGUUCUUUCCCUUGGAAGGAGGCUGGGCUUCAGUUUCAACCCAUGUUGGAUACUUUCAUGGUUGUGGACUCCAGGCUUUUUGUGAACAGGAGGAGCUAGUGGCAGACACAAGACACAGGCCCAGGGGGUCUCCAUUUUUUGGGCUCCAGCAAGGAGCCUUGAAGUCUGUGCUGCAGCCCCCAUCCUCCCCUCCCCUCCCACCUUCUUUCCUGGCUUUUCUCUCUGCGCCUGUGUACAGGAGGGUGGUGAAGCGCUAGGGCAGAUCCCCCUCCUGGAGAAGAGGAAACUGCAGGGAGAGAAGCCGUGCUUGCUGCCUGCCAUGGGAGCUGGAGCCCGGAGCUGGCGCUGGAGUUAUGUAACGGGUUGGGGUAUAGGGCCUGGCUCCCCCUCCCCCCAGCUCCCGCUUUUGUACCUUGUACACAGGCCACAUGCUUGUGUCAACAGUGUCUUUGAAUAAAAUAUUUUGU